AUGGAGGGAGAUAGGCAGCUACCAAAAUGGGAAGGCAAAGCAUCAGCUGAGCUGAGAGGUCCGGCAGCAGAGGAAGUCUGGCCUCUCUUGGCAGAUUUUUGCAACAUACACAAAUGGUUCCAAAGUCUUGAGAUCAGUUAUCUAGUUGAGGGAGUCCCCGGCCAACCAGGUCUGAUUCGCUACUGCGGGCACCGUGACCAUGGUGAUGACGAAGAUGAUGAGACGUCGGACAUGAUCAAGUUCUCGGCCAUGGAGAAGCUACUGAUGAUCGAUCCGGUCAGGCGGUGUUUGAGCUAUGAAAUACUUGAAAACAACUGGGGGCUCAAGUCUUAUGUUUCAACCAUGCAAGUGCUAGAGUUGGAUGGGAACAACGACCAAAGCGGCCGCAGGUGCAAGAUUGAGUGGUCGUUUGUUUCUGAUCCGAUUGAAGGAUGGAGGUUGGGAGAUUACGUAUCUUAUCCAGACUCUUGUCUGCAAUCCAUGGCAAAAAAGAUGGAGGAUGAUGCUUCUCCAUCUAGUACUAGCUAG